AUGGAAAGUCCUGACCUUCAUCGGUUUGGUGACAGUCCUCGAAGUGGAUCAUUCAAUCAGAGCGAGUUAUACGACGACCUAAUCAUAGACGAGAUUCUGUCGCUUGAAGACGAGCAGAGGAGGACCAGCGGAAAGACUCAGCCUCUUUCCGGCAGCUAUUCAUGUGCGGACAAUCUGACGCAACUCUCCAAUGCUCGACCAAUUCCAGGCGCUCAAUCAUCCGGCUCUGGCCAUUCGGGAAGCCCUAUCACUAUUGGAGGCGCCGCACUAGGAUCAAACUUCCGGCAGGUGGUUUCGAGUUCAGCUCCCACCAGUUCGAUCGAUAUGGAUGCCAUGCUCAUGCAAUCGUCACAAGAAGGUGGAGGAGGUGGUGGUGAUGAUUACUACCGUGACAGAAGGAAGAAGGAUAUUCACAAUAUGAUUGAACGGCGAAGACGUUACAACAUUAACGAUCGUAUCAAAGAACUUGGAUUGAUGCUACCGAAAUCGUCUGCAGAGGACUUGAAACUGAACAAGGGCACGAUUUUGAAGGCGUCAUGUGAUUAUAUUCGACAAUUACAACGAGACCGUGAGCUUAUGUUGAAACAACAGGCUCAUCAACAGAAGCUCGAGAAUGCGGCCAAGCAAUACGCGGAGCGCAUUCGAGAACUGGAAGAGUGUAUGGCUCGACAAGGUGUGCAACCUCCUCCGGCACAUUUACCUCCGUUGCCUCGUCUGGCCAGUAUUGAUCGACCAAUUAAGCAAGAGAUGGACGAAACAGCCUCGCCAAAUCAAACUCCUUGUGGCUCCCUUUCCUCAUCUGGGUUCAUGUCACAAUUAUCCGACGGAACGGCAGCAAUGCAAAUCGCAAGUCCGCUUGGCAGACAACCAAUGCAGGUAGCAACAAGCCACUCGGAGAGCUAUUUUUCAGUUGGUUCAAGCAGUCCUACUGACUACGGUGAGUCGCAGCAAUCACGUUGUUCCAUCUAUAUCGGAAUUGGGAAGGAUGUCAAUUUUUGGUCAGCUCGUUAUGCAUAUAGUGGUUUUUUAUUAGACAAAAAUAUGACGUGA